AUGUCAGGGCAGGAGAACAUGCCCCCCAACUGGCUCUGGUCAUGGCUUUCUAAGUCCCAACGGGAUUUAUUGAAGUCCAUCCUGACUGGGGCUCCAGGAGGACCAGCGGGGUACCUGCGGCGGGCUAGUGUGGCCCAGAUGACCCAGGAGCUGGGCAUUUCCUUCUUCCAGCGGCAGCAGCUGCCAGCCGCCAUGGCAGACACCUUCCUGGAACAUCUGUGCCUGCUGGACAUCGACUCUGAGCCUGUGGUCCCUCGCAGUACCAGCAUCAUCGCCACCAUCGGGCCGGCAUCUCGCUCCGUGGAGCGCCUCAAGGAGAUGAUCAGGGCCGGGAUGAACAUCGCGAGACUCAACUUCUCCCACGGCUCCCACGAGUACCAUGCUGAGUCCAUCGCUAACAUCCGUGAGGCGGUGGAGAGCUUUGCAGAUUCUCCGCUCAGCUACCGACCUGUGGCCAUCGCUCUGGACACCAAGGGACCAGAGAUACGCACUGGGAUCCUGCAAGGGGGCCCGGAGUCCGAAGUGGAGAUAGUGAAGGGCUCCCAGGUGCUGGUGACGGUGGAUCCAGAGUUCCGGACGCGCGGGGACGCGAACACCGUUUGGGUGGACUACCCCAAUUUAGUCCGAGUCGUGCCGGUGGGGGGCCGCAUCUACAUUGACGACGGGCUCAUCUCCCUAGUGGUCAAGGAAAUCGGUCCAAAAGGGCUAAAGACCGAAGUGGAGAACGGCGGUGUCCUGGGAAGUCGGAAGGGCGUGAACUUGCCAGGCGCGGAGGUGGACCUGCCCGGGCUGUCCGAGCAAGAUAUCCAGGACCUGCGCUUCGGGGUGGAGCAUGGCGUGGACAUCGUCUUUGCCUCUUUCGUGCGGAAAGCCAGCGACGUGGCUGCCGUCCGGGCUGCUCUGGGGCCGGAAGGACAGGGCAUCAAGAUCGUUAGCAAAAUCGAGAACCACGAGGGCGUAAAGAAGUUUGAUGAGAUCCUGGAGGUGAGCGACGGCAUUAUGGUGGCACGGGGUGACCUGGGCAUUGAGAUCCCAGCCGAGAAGGUUUUCCUGGCUCAGAAGAUGAUGAUCGGCCGUUGCAACUUGGCGGGAAAGCCCGUUGUCUGUGCUACACAGAUGCUGGAGAGCAUGAUCACUAAGCCCCGGCCAACUCGGGCAGAGACGAGUGAUGUGGCCAAUGCCGUGCUGGAUGGGGCAGACUGCAUCAUGCUGUCGGGGGAGACUGCCAAAGGCAACUUUCCUGUGGAGGCUGUAAAGAUGCAGCAUGCGAUUGCCCGAGAGGCAGAGGCUGCCGUGUACCACCGGCAGCUCUUUGAGGAGCUCCGCCGGGCGGCACCACUGAGCCGGGAUCCCACGGAGGUCACCGCUAUUGGUGCUGUGGAGGCUGCCUUCAAGUGCUGCGCUGCUGCCAUCAUCGUGCUGACCACAACUGGCCGCUCAGCCCAGCUUCUGUCUCGGUACCGACCUCGGGCAGCGGUCAUUGCCGUCACCCGCUCUGCUCAGGCCGCCCGCCAGGCCCACCUGUGCAGAGGAGUCUUCCCUGUGCUCUACUGUGAGCCUCCAGAGGACAUCUGGGCCGACGAUGUGGACCGCCGGGUCCAGUUUGGCAUCGAAAGCGGAAAGCUCCGUGGCUUCCUCCAUUCUGGGGACUUGGUGAUUGUGGUGACAGGCUGGCGACCAGGCUCCGGCUAUACCAACAUCAUGCGGGUGCUGAGCGUAACUUGA